GAGGUCCGGCCGCUCCGGUGGCCCCGCGAGUGGUUCCGGGGGUGGAGACCGCGGCCAUGGCGACAGCGGGGCCUACCGGGAGCAGCUGCCGGCUGGAGUUCGCAGUGCAGAUGCGAUGCCAGGGCUGCGCAGAGGCCGUGCGGGCAGCGCUGGACGGAGCCCCAGGCGUGCGGCUGCUGGAGCUGCGGCUGGAGGCGCAGACGGUGCUCGUGGAGACGACGGCGGCGGCCGAGCGGGUGCGGGAGCUGCUGGAGAAGUCGGGGCGCCGGGCGGUGCUGAAAGGGAUGGGGGGCUCCGACGACGCGAGCCUGGGCGCGGCGGUGGCGGCUCUCUGCGGCCCGGGCGCGGUGCGGGGCCUGGUGCGGUUCCUGCAGGUUUCGCCGACGCGGUGCCUGGUGGACGGCGCCGUCGAUGGGCUCCCGCCGGGCCCCCACGGGCUCCACGUCCACGAAUUCGGGGACCUUUCGCGCCCCUGUGACAGCUGCGGCGGCCACUUCAACCCCGACGGGGAGUGCCACGGGGGACCCCAGGACCAGCACCGGCACGUCGGAGACCUGGGGAACAUCUGGGCCGACGGCGAGGGCAGAGCCAGCUUCCGCAUGGAGGACUCGCGCCUGAAGGCUGGCCUGUGGCGUGGUGGCUCGCGCAGCCGGGCUCUUCCAGAACCCCAAACGUGUCUGUUCCUGCGACGGCCUGACCCUCUGGGAGGAGCGGGACCGGACCACGGCGACCCCCGGCCCCACGGCAACCCCCAGCCCCACUGCGACCCCCGGCCCCACUGCGACCCCCGGCCCCACCGUGGCCCCGGCCCCCCACCUCUAGGAGCCUCCCCGAGAGAGCAAUAAACGAUAACUCGCUCCGCAGCCUCUGCGGCUCACGGGGAACCGGGGCCGGGGACUGCUCGUCCCCGCGGUGCUCGGCGCUGCGCAUUCCCCGGCGCCGCAGCGGCCCCUUUAAGGGUGGG